GUGUUUGACAAAGUUCUGGUGGCAAACAGAGGCGAGAUAGCCUGCCGCGUCAUCCGGACCUGCCGCAAUCUGGGCGUCAGUACGGUGGCGGUCUAUACGCCGGCAGAAGGCAGGCCUAUGCAUUCUGAUCUGGCGGAUGAAGCCCAUGUGCUGCCCGAAAGUGCCACUCCCGCGGGCGCAUACUUAGAUGCUGGUGCCAUAGUUGAUAUAGCGGUGAAUAGUGGGGCAGAUGCCAUUCAUCCGGGCUAUGGCUUUCUGUCGGAAUCGCCUGCACUCGCCGAAAAGUGUGCGCAGCACGGUAUCGCCUUUGUGGGGCCGCACCCCGAGCUCGCGCGUCUCAUGGCGGACAAGUGGGCUGCGCGCAAGAAGAUGGCGACGCUCGGCGUUCAAGUGUUGCCCGGCGCGCGAGUGGAUGCAGACGAUCAGGAAUCCGCCACAGCCGCCAUUGAGGAAGUUGGCUUGCCCCUAAUCGUCAAGGCGAUAGACGGCGGUGGCGGAAUAGGCAUGCAGGUCGUCGAGAGCGAAUCGCGUCUGCAACGCGCACUGCGACGCGCGAGCUCGUCGGCAUUGCGGGCAUUCGGUAGUCCUGAAGUCUAUAUCGAAAAGUUCAUUACUCGUGCACGUCACAUCGAAAUUCAGAUAAUCGCUGACGAGCAUGGCAACGUCAGGCAUCUCUGGGAGCGCGAAUGCUCAGCCCAGCGCAGACAUCAGAAAGUCAUCGAGGAGGCUCCUGCGCCCUGUCUGCCGGAUUUGCUGCGUCAGUCCCUCGUGGAUAUGUCGGUGAAAGCGGCGCGUGAGACUAACUAUGUCGGUGCAGGCACAUUUGAGUUCAUUGUUGAUGACAGCCAUUCGGCAUACUUUCUUGAAGCCAACACGCGCUUGCAGGUCGAGCACGGCGUUACCGAAAUGGUUACAGGGCGUUGA